CGUACACUGGGUAUUUCUUAAAUAAACUAUUUCACCUUCCUUUUGGUUUACCAAAGGCCAUUUCUCUCUUGUACUUAGGCUUUUGAGGUCCUUUCAAUGGCCGGAAGUUUUGACUGUUUCACCCCAAAUCUUCUGUGUUCAGAGAACUGUAAUGCUUGUUUUGAUGGCUUUGAUUGCAAAACCAAUAAUGCGGUUGGGAUUUCCCCCUCUUGGAACAAGCAAAGCAAUCACACACACAAUCAAGACCCGAUUUUUGAUAUAAUUAGAUCCGAAUCGUUGAUGGGUUUUCCACUGGAAAGCGAAGAGAGAGUCAGAGAAAUGGUAGAGAUGGAGAGAAAGUAUUUGCCCUCGGAUGAUUACCUCAAGAGAUUGCGCAGUAGGGAGUUGGACUUGAGUGCUAGGAUAGAGGCUCUUGAUUGGAUUUGGAAGGCUCGUGCAUGUUUCAGUUUUGGACCAUUAAGUGCUUGUCUAUCCAUUAACUAUCUGGAUCGCUUCCUAUCACUUUAUGAAUUACCAAGAGGAAAAAGUUGGGCUGUGCAGUUGUUAGCUGUGGCUUGUUUGUCAUUAGCAUCCAAAAUGGAGGAGACUAAAGUGCCUCAGUUGGUAGAUUUACAGGUGGGAGAACCCCAGUUUGUGUUUGAAGCUAAAACUGUACAAAGAAUGGAGCUUCUGGUGCUGAGCACAUUGGGGUGGAGAAUGCAAGCUUUUACCCCUCUCUCUUUCAUUGACUACUUUCUCAGAAAGAUUAACGGUGUUCAGCAUCCAUCAACAUUGUCCAUCUCUAGAUCAGUACAACUGAUACUGAGUAUAAUCAAAGGUAUUGACUUCUUGGAAUUCAGGCCUUCUGAAAUUGCUGCAGCUGUGGCUAUUUCUGUUUCAAGGCAAAUGAGAGCAGUGGACAUUGAUAGGGCCAUGACCUGUUUCAUAUUUGUUGAAAAGGGGAGAGUGAUGAAAUGUCUUGAUCUGAUAAAAGAUCUGUCAUUAUCAUUGAUUAAUGGGUCUGCUAAUGUGUCUAGUGCCUUAGCUCCACCUGUACCCCAAAGCCCCAUUGGGGUUUUAGAUGCUACAUGCUUGAGCUAUACAAGUGAUGAAUUAACAGUAGGAUCAUGUGCAAAUUCUUUACAUAAUAGUCCAGAUAUAAGAGGAAGAAACCAGACAAGACCAUCUGAUGUGGACAUCUAGUCAUGAAAUGUGAAUUUUUCUCCUCCACACCCAAGUCCAAUCAGUUUGGUUGAAUGAGAUUGGAUUCAGAGAGAGAGAGAGAGAGAGGGAGAGAGUUUUGAGCAAAUAAAUUAAGAUGGAAAGCAAUUCAGGCAGAAGGUGGCAUACUUGCGGCAGCAUGAGAAGAAAGUCACUAGCUGUCCAUAAUCAGAAAUUAUGAAGCAGCCAUACCAAAUAGAGAUGAUGGUGGUUGUCAAGAUGUAUGUUGUUGGUGCUUUACAAAAUCCAGUUUUUUUUUUUUU